GUGGGAAGCCAGUGACUAACCACUUGAGCUUUGGCGCGGCCCAUAUGAAACAAGUUACCCAGGUGGUUUACAAUUUAUGAAAUCAGAAGUGUGUGUAUUCAUGCCACGCUAGCCCGGGGAGAAUUCAAUUGAAAUGGCUGCAGGGCAGGAAUGUUGCACGCUUAAAGUUCGUCUGGCCACGCGCGCUCAUGUUUGUAGGUCGCAUUCCCACGUCAUAUUCACCAGCUUACAGGCGGGGGAAAAUCGCUCGUGUGGCCUGCGUGUUGCUCCGACAGAGAAUCGAAUUAGGUGCAACACAACUCAGACGCGUUACCACUGAGCACGCAUGCUCUGUCACAUGACAGCGCAACCUUCCGUUCAAGAUGGCGGAAUCGCUGUCGUCACACUGUAUACACGCAGUUAAGGAAAAAGAUGCAAAAGAAGGAACAAUAAGACUGGUGGGUGACGUCGUGUAGUGUGGUAGCUGGUUAUGUAUAUUUUGGAAUAAUAUAGUGUCACCAUGUUAAGGGUAGAAGAAAUUCUGCUUCUUCCAAAACGUUCGUUAACCUCUGUUUAUAUUCAUGACGUCACAUGUCAUGGCCGCGACAACCUCUCUUCUGAGACACAUAAGAAUUAAUUCCCUGUAUUUGACUAUGCACUUUGUUUCUCUGCAGAUUGGAUUCUUAAGAAUGUGAUAAUAUAGUGGCAUGUAAUCUAUUGCUAGGCAACGACCACGAAAUAGGCAACUAUACAAGAGCCAUUGCUAAGUAACGGCUCCACAAUCAAGCAUGUUUCCAUUGUAUCAACAGAAUAUAGUAAUAAUGGAAGAAAAUUUUCGACGCCGUCCGUGCCGAGAUGUUAUAAGCAGGACCAGUUGGCCCUCAGGGUGGACGCGGCUUCGACUACCUCCACCGUAGCCCCCAGUGCCUGGGAAUAUAACUGGACCACCAUGUUCCUGAUGGAUAUAAAUAUGGAUACAUGUGCCCCAGGUUGGUGGAGUCUCAAAAUCCGAGACACUAAACUACGGUCAUGAGUCCCGAUGGACUCUGACCCGAGAAUGACUGCGCUGGCGAGGACCAGCAGAAAUUGUAAAUGACAGACCCAUCCUCUCGUCAGAGAGGGCGCCCCAUAUCAACAAUGACUCAACUGACUGGCAAUAACAAAGAUUUGGUCUUGGGCCCCAGAUGGGUGCUUGACACCAAGACAGACUGGCCGACUCACCGUUGGUCAUAAUAUAAUUUGACUGUAGCGUUGUCGUCAGAGGACUACUGGGGUUCAGUCAUUGUGAGCUGUUGCUGUGAGAAGCUGGUAGCUGAGGCUGAGGAUAGUUCGGGAAGCCAGAGGAAGGAGGACUUCCGCAUUUGGAAGCCGCUACUAAGCAACGGCAGUGAAGAAGUGACUAUGGAUAUUAGUGUGUGUGUGUGUGUAAUAACGAGCUGUAAAGUGCAGUCAGACGCUUAUCAAUCUCAAACCCGUCUAUAGUUACACUUCAUCACGUGAGAGUAUAAAGGUAAUUGUGUGGGAUGAAAUCUACUUGAUGUUUCGUGUAAGGCAAGAGUAAAGCUGCUCCUUUCUUUUAUUAACUAAACACUCUACCAUGAAGACGUAUGGGGGAGUGGAGGUAUAGCUCCACUAUUCUUGACCUCGGCACUGGUUGGAUGUGAGUGGUCAGCAUUAGCCCUGACCGCUUUGCUCCUGAGGAACAGUCCCCGGAACCUAUUGUUUGGGAGGCUGGGUGGGGCCCAAAGCCGGUCUGGGUGCUGUGGAGAAGGGCAUAGUUUCUUGUUCAUGUCGAGAAUCGAACGCCUGUCUUCCAGCCAGUAGCACAAUUGCUAGACCAAGUACUCUUCCCAUAGUCCUUUAUAUUUUACGUGUCACGUAAUAUUACCCACCCUCUUCAAAUGCCACACUCGAUUUUACUUCAACUUUCAAAACUUUUACUGAAAAUUUGUAUUCAUUUCCUCCCACCCUUCCCUUCAAACAUACCCCGUUCCUCCCAGUCUGUCAACAAGUGCUCUACAGAACUACACUGUGAUCUCAGUUUGCCAAUGGCGAGGCGCUCUAACCCAUAUGUAACGCUUUUCUGUAGACUUAUCCUAACAUACUGCUCAUUCAGAAUGUUUUAAAAUCAUUACUGACAUUUGGUUGCUUGGGGAGAGUUGUACAAUGUUUCUGUGGGCUGUGUACGUGUUUGUGGCUUUGUAUUGUGUUGUUGACUAUCAUUUCCUGAUGGGCUACGCGCACACAGGGCCACCUGUCUCUUUUGCAGAACGAAUUAACCUUUCUACACACGGCACCCAGUUCCCGUCGAAACAUCUGGGCGACGCUGGGUGUGUGGUGAGGCACGUGACCUCGGAGUUCAGGCUACAGUCACCGGGAUUUCCCCAACCGUACUUACCUGAUCUGCAGUGUCUCUACGUAGUGGAAGCAGUGUCGGAAAACAUCUGCCUCAUAGAAGCAAACUUCCUGACCUUUGACCUGGGUGACUGCACGUCUGGUGACCAUGUUAUUAUCGCUGGUCAUACACUCUGUGGCAAUUUAAAAGGAGAACGAACUUUCCGUUUCAGCCCUCCGAGGUCGCUGAUCCAAUUCAGAUCCGGAAGUAUGGCAGGAAGGAAAGGUUUCGACAUUGCGAUCCGUCAGAUACCAUGUCCGUCCGUUUCAGCCCCAAAUCGGGAAUGCAGUUGUGAGUUCAGCAGUCACAACUUCAUCCUUCAUAGUCCUGGCUACCCGGGUCCGUACCCCAGCGACACGCACUGCCAGUCCGUCAUACGCGCCGUAACAAGUUCACCUCAGCAGUCUCUUUGCCAAGUACAGUUUCGUUUCGUGAGUUUCCACGUCGACACUUCUGCCGGCUGCACUAAGGAUCGGUUAGAUAUUGGUGACCAGGAUACUGUCUGCGGAUUCGUGAGCGGAGUCAGAACUUACGAAUUUCUAGGGGAGUUACGGAUAGAUUUCUAUUCGGACGGCAUUGGAAAUGAUGGACGGUUCCUUAUUAACAUCGUACAACAAGGAUGUAGGAUUCUUAACAUUCCGCCUCUGGAACUAUUGCUUCCCGAGUCAUCUCCACUGUUACCACCACAACAGCCACCAACAGUAUAUCCACCACAACAGCCACCAACAGUAUUACCACUACUAAUGCCACCACCAGUGUUACCACAACCAACAUUAGCAUCACAACAGCCAUCACCACUGUUGCCACCACACCCGCCAUCAACAUUUAUACCAUCUACUCCAACUUCCUCGCCGUCUUACCUUCCCCUCUGCUGCAACAAGGUGUACAGUGGACGUGAACUCAUCCUUGUGAGUCCCGGAUUUCCGUUUAGCAACACCAAUGAGAAUGUAGACUGUCUAUAUGACAUCCGUCCUUCCAGUCCGGACGUGUGUAGACUCAGGAUUCUAUUCAAGCUGUUCUGGGUUGGAGAGAAAGAUAGUUAUUCUGGGUGUUCCGGUAGUUUUCUGGAAAUAGAUGGACACUUUUACUGUGAUUGUAUAAUUGGGCUUACUGUCAUAUCUCAGUUCGAUGGUUGGGGGGAUAGAAGGCAGAAAUUGUUACGGUACAGGAAGGACUCUGAUGUUAAGAAUUCUGGUGGAUUCUUAUUGGAAGUUCUUCAAGAGGAUUGUUCAGAUCGGUCACCUUGGAGCAGACACGAUACCAGUAACGAAACGUACAGGCAGAAUGAACAAUAUUACAACAUUUCUAACUCUCAUAAUGUCGGUAUUGUCAAUUCAUAUGCUAGACAUAUCACGGGACAAAGGAAUUUUACUUCUCCCUGCACCGAGAGCAUACAGGACGACAAAACAAACCGAUCACGUGAUAUACAUUUCAAUCAGGAAAACAAUGAACAGAAUACCCCCGAUAUUCCCUGUAAUGUUAGUAAUGGAACAGAAAUAGCAGAUGUGUAUUCGACUAAUCAUAGAGGUCAUAUCAUUUACGGGAAUGCGUCAGCUUACAGCCGUAGAAACAGUUCUGCUUUCCAAGAAUCUGACUCGGCACUUACUCACAACAGUUCUGCUUUCCAAGAAUCUGACUCGGCACUUACUCACAACAGAAAGAAUAACAGUAAAAUUCAACACAAUUUAAGCCCUAAUAUUCCUGAGGAAAACAGAUCAGAUAUUCAUAACAACAGGGACACACAUAAGCAGAACGUUCUUCCCCAAGAAAACAUCACUAUGAAUAAUUCGGAUAAACAAACUUACAAGUAUAAUUUACUCCAUAAAAAUAAUUCAUUUUCUGAUGAAAGUAACGUAACAUCAGGAGAAACAGGAAAUCACUUUAGUAAUUUAAUGACUAGGAAAGUACGUCAAUAUAAUCACUAUAAUAUUUUCAGUAUUAAAACGAACACAUCAUCUAUUCAUGGUAAGGAUAUGUCUGAAAACUUUACAAAAUAUUGCAACGAUAUUAACUCAAAAGAAGGCAAACCAAAUGUUUCUUCAGUUAGCAAUAUGAGGAAUUUUGAUCUCGGUUCCAUUACGAACGACGUAGCUGGCAAUAGGAAGUUUACAUUAUAUAGAAAGAAAUCUGCUCAUACAUCCAUAAGUCAACACAACAGUUCAGCUCUGACUGCAACUGACAGUGGUCGCACGCAGGAGGUAACAAUUCGGGAGAGACGAAAUGUACUUUAUUCUCAGUACAAAACAGACAGGUUCUGGUCCUCAGGAGAAAGCGCCUGUCCCAUUUGGGGAUUCACUCAGUGGCUCUUGAGAGUGAAGCAGUAUUUCUGGAACAAGGUCCCACAACUGCUUUGCCCCCAGCUCCCUCCCUCAGCGGGACAGCGCUGUCAAGUCUUCAGCCAAGCCACAGGAUGGAUACAGUCACCGGGACACCCACAGGCCUAUCCUCACAACCUCAGACUUUGCUACCGCCUGCCUCGCCUGUCAGGAUUCUGUCAGAUUCAACUCUUCAUAAUGGACUUCUCUUUGGAGCUCAGUGAAAACUGUGUCAAGGACUAUAUGCUGCUCGGUGGACACUGGCGCUACUGUGGCGAAUCGUUAUCAUACACAGGCACGGUACUGGAUAUGUCUACCGCCCCACACAUGGAUCUGAUCCUCGUGUCUGACAGGCAAUACUCCGGGCGCGGCUUCAGAGCCUUCUAUCGGCAUGUUCCGUGCAACAGGCGAGAUGCCCAUCCUCAGGCUGGCUGUGGGCAGGUCACGGACCACAAGUACUUUACCCUGAUUAGGAGCGGACGCGUGGAACAGGACUCGUGUGUCUACCGCAUCUUCCGCAACAACACAGAUGUCUGCAGCCUCCAGCUGAACUUCUCAACUUCCGAACUUGUAUGUGGUGAAGAAUAUCUUCAGAUUGGAGACCAGUUUUACUGUGGACCUCUGUCCGGGAGACCCAUUGAAGUGGAUUUCUUCAAACCAGAAGUAACAAUUGUUUACCAGAGAACUAGCCAUCGAGGUCAAGGUCAUUUCAUCAUCAAAGGAAAGCAGUUGGAUGAUUGUGAUUUUGGACUAUCCGAAGUUCCAUUAGCGGCCAGGGUAUCCAAUUCGUCCAACCAGUGCAACACUCAGCUGUCACAACUACGAGGAUUUGUCUCUUCCCACAAAUCCCAGCUGUCAUCUUCUCACCCCAGAGCUUGUGGCUAUGUUAUCCUGCCACAUGAGGGAAUGUGCGCUGUGAGAAUCGAUUUCGGAGCCUUCCACGUGCCAUCCACUGCGAAGUGUAAGUCAGCAUUCAUGGAGCUGCAGAAACGGAAAUUUUGCAACAGUCAGCUUGACCACAGUGUCGCAGUGAUCGACUUCCACGGGUCAGAGUUGAGAAUUCCAUUCUACGUCCAAGGAAACGUUGGGAAUUUCCAGUGGAACUUCACUUACACGCAGCUUCCGUGUUCAGAAACAGUCACGAGGGAGACAAGGAAAUCUCAAAAUGGAGUUCAACCCGUAGGUUACAGACCAUAAGGGGUUAUAUAUCUGUUAAAUAUUUUAUAUCGUUUGGAAAGAAGAUUACAAUUUUUCUUAAAUUAAAUUCUUUUACAAAAUUGCUUAAAACAUUGGCUGACACAGAAACUACUGUCCGUCAUCAGAUUUAAUUUAUUCUCUGGAUUAUUUAAAUACAUUUCAAAUAAAUCAUUAGGCCGUGCCAUAUCUCAAGCGGUUAGUCGCUGGCUUUCCA